UGCACCGCGAGCCCCGCGGGCUUAGCUAUGCAAGAGUUAAAGUCCGGGGUCCUCAAGUUACCAAUAUGGCCUCAGAGUUUGCUAGAUAUCCUCUGGGCUCUUCCCCUUGCAACGCUUCCGCGGGGCAGGCAGGACGGAGGUGGCCCCUGGCCCCAGCCUGUCCUCCCCGGCCCUGCCUGCCCUCCAGAUUCCCCGAGCACCCUCCCACCUGCCCGCCCGCGCCCGCCCCGCUCCCGGCCUGCCCGGCGCAACUAGGGCGCCCAGAGAGGCCGAGGGCAGGCGAGGUGAGCAGCCGGUACCUCCAAAUGCCUGGCGCCUCCAGAAGAGCCCCAGGAGGGCGGCGAGGACGGGAAGUAGGCCAGCAGGGAGCCCCUUCAUCCCGCCAGGAAGCGCCCCCACGCCCCGGGCACAUUCCAAUCGCGAACCGCAGCCGGGGCUACCUGCGCGGCUCGGGCCCCUCCCCACGGGCGCUCAGACCGCGCAGCGCGGGCCCGACCGGGCCGAGCCGAGGGGCGCCGCCCCCUCCCUGCACCAAGCCGGGCCGGGGCAGUGGGCGGAGGAAAGGGGAAAUGAAGGAGAAUUUUGAGCUGCAGCUGUUCUACUUUAUCAGGCCUCCCCGCAGUGGAGAGGUCCCUUCUGGAGAUCUGGACUGUGGACUUCAGAGCUGAAGUUGCCUCUGCUGAGGAGAGAGCUGCCGGGGGCUUCCCCGGGAGGUAGUUCUGGAGGGCCUCUGCUCAAAGGAAGAUUCUGAAGAUAACCCGGCAGCAUAAGAUACCAGACACUGAGGUCCUUUCUUGAACUAAACUACCAACCAUUCAAACUCUACUGAAGAGAGUGCAAUUCCAUUGUGCCGGCCACACUGUUCACAAAGGGCAAGAAAUUACAAGGUGGUCAGAAAAUGUGACACAAAGACACCCUGAAGAUCUCAAGAAUUUUAGAAUUGAUUGUAUGGCACAGGACUGCCAAGCAUGGCGUGCCCUCAUCAGAGAAGGUGCUGUGUUCUAUGAGCAAAGCAGAAUUGAAUUAGCUUAGAAGAAAUGCAAGAUGUGCAAAGUUAGAGAAUCCACCCUAAAUGUCAAGGAUUAUUUGUAUCCAACCUGUAAUCCAAUCCAGAAUAUUGCAGGAUCAUAUUAGUCUGAUCUGUCAUAAUCAGACAUACUAAUAGUGAUGUCAUUUUGGUCCUCUUCGAGAACAAGGGACAACAACUAGAAUCUCCUGUCUUUUACAGCAAGCUUUUCUUAAACUUUCUCAAGUCUAGUGCCUCUGUUAAUUAAUCCCUAUUCAUCUUGUAUGUAGUUUACUUAGUGUAUAUUUGUUUGCAUGUUGUCUUCCCCAUUAGAUUAUGAGCUCCUUGAAAACAUGAACUAUCUUUUGCCUUUUUUUGUGUCCCCAGCACUUACACAGUGCCUGCCACAUAGUAGAAGCUUAAUAAAUGUUGAUUGAUUAAUAGGUCUUUCUAACUUCAGGCCUAGUCUCUUUCCAUUGUACACUGGACAUAUUUCUAAGUUUAAUCUUUAUUAUUUACAUUUCCUUAAGUCCAGACAAUCAACCAAACAAUAAAUCAAGUCAUGUCCUAUAAUUUUCCAGUUCCCAAGGUAUAAAUGCUCACUAAAAAUGUAAUAAUUGGCUCUCACGAAUUAGUAGAGUUGGUUCCAACACACCACUGCCACAGACUAAUACAAUUUAAGAAGAGGCAAAAAGAUAUCAUUCUAGUCUGCUAACUUUUUUUUUUUCUGGGAACAGAAAAUAGCACCCUUCUGAUUCCCCUCCUGGAUAGAAACAGUCUCCUUGUGAGAAGAAUGAGCACAGAAGGUCCUCAAAAUAUUUGGAUCCUCAUCUAGAUAGACCUAUGGGAACACACAUAAGCCACACAAGCAACAUCAACACCCUAAUAAUUGUAUUUCUUAAUAGAGCUGAUUACGAAUGUGUGUCGUUUCAGAAUCACUAGUCUGUAUAAUCUGGUGAUCAGCUGCUUGUAAAUCAAAGGUCAAAAAUCAACAAAUUUGAAGAAAUGACAAAGAUGAGAAGUCAUUUCAUGGAAUUAUUUGAGCUCCAUCCCAAUCUAAUUAAACAAGGAUGUGAACAAAAGGAACAUGGAUAAAAGUAAAAACAUUGACUCAGUCACCAUUUCUUAGGAGAGUUUAAUGAAUAUAAAAGAUUUUUCUAAUGAGGAGGCUGGGAGAGCUCAAAAACUGCCUCAGCCAGAAAAUAUUUGAUCUCCACGCCAAUCUGAAAAAAGUGGCAUGCAAAGGGAGCAUGCACAACUCUAGAGAACAAGCUCAUUUGCAAAACAUUACAGAGAGAAAUGACAGAGGAUUGUAAAUGGUAUUGGCCCACAAAUCAACAAAAAGUAGUGGUUAAGAAAGCUAGUCAGCAAAAAGCUUGUCACGAGAUGUAAGUAAAUCAGAUCAUUCCAAGAAUAUUCAUAAAUGAAGCUGGAAGGAGAAAUAUAAAUAGGUGUGAAAUAGAUACAUUUUGCUAUCAUUCUAUUUUAAAAUUCUAUAAAAAAACAAACAAACAAACGCAUUGCUACACUAAGAUUCUAAGCUUUUUUUUAGCAACUCAAUGGGCCAUAAGAGAAAGUGGAAAUGAUAUGUAGGAAGGGGAAGUUGAGAAGGCCAAUGGGACUAAAAUAAAUAAAUGCAAACAAUAACACAACAAAAAUGAAAACAACAAAGUUUUUAAGGCAUUUAGAAAAUAAUAAGCAAAAUGUGAAUCAAAACAAUUUUGAAGUUUCACUUAAUCCCCAGAAAAUUUGCAAGGAUGAUAAAGAUAAGAUUAGACUGUGUGGAGGGAUUGUAGAAUAUCAGGUACAUGAAUGCACAGUUGGUGGAGUGGUGAACUAGUUCAACAACUUUGGAAAAUAAUUUGGAAACUGACUAAAAUAUUAACUUUUUUUACCAAAAGAUCCUGUUACUAAGUAUCUUCCCCAGGAAAUCAAUGGGAAAAAAAAAAAGAAUAAAAAAUAAAGGCUCCAUAUAUUACAAAAUAUUUUAAUAAUAGCAAAAAUUAGAAACAAAGUAAAUGCUCACCAACUGGGGAAUGGCUAAACAAAUUGUUGCCCAUUAAGACAAUGAAAUAGUACUAUGCUCUAAGAAAUCAUGACAAUGAAGAUUAUAGACAAGACAUGUGAACUGUUGCAAAAUAAAGUAAGAAUAAUCAGGAAAACAAUAUGUACAUUGACUACAAAAUAUAAUGGAAAUAAAGUCAACAAUUAAUGGUCCAAACUGAAUACUAUAAAAUUAUAAUGUUAUUUGUCUUUUGUUUUCAAAGAGGACCAAUGACAUCAUGAGUGAUGUCUUUUUCCCCCUGAGGGAAUUGGAGUUAAGUGACUUGCCCAGGGUCACACAGGAGGGUUUUCCUGACUCCA